UUAUUAAAGGGCCAUCAACCAAAACAGCUGUAGCGGGAGAGCCGCGUGUUUGGGGAACACUGCACUAAAAAAAGGGUACAUUAAUGACAUUGCCAUGUUUAAAUAAAGUUUAUAAAAAAAAAAAAAAAAAAAAAAAGAGAAAAAGAAAACAGGAACGAAAACAGCAGUGUACGAGCUAGGCGUCGUGCGCGCGCACAGUCACAUGACUGACGGGGGCUCAGGCGGCGGGGACGCGCUCAGUCAGUCAGUCAGUCCGGAUCCGGCCCGAAGAAGACGGUUCCGCCAUGUACCGAGCCCUAUACGCCUUCCGUUCUCCGGAGCCUAAUUCCUUGCAGUUCGGGGCCGGGGAGAACUUCCUGAUCCUGGAGCGGUGUAACCAGCACUGGUGGUUGGCCAGCCGCUGCAGCAGCGGGGACACGGGCUACGUGCCAGCUUCCUACCUGGAAAGGAUGAAGGUGCAAGAACAAGAUGUUGUACUCCAGUCAAUUGAUCGAGCUAUUGAAGCCAUUCACAAUGCAGCUAUGAAGAAUGGAGGAAAAUACAACUUAGAGCAGAGAGAUGUCCUGCAAAAACUUAUCCAUCAUAGGAAAGAAACUCAAUCCCGAAAAACUCACUCACCAACCAGCCAGUCAAGUACCAUGUCAAACACUUCCAGUGACUUCCACUUAGAUAAAGGGAAACAGCCCAAUGGCUUGUGCAAAACUGGGUUUGAUAGGCACAUGAGCUUGCCUAGCUCAGAGAUUCAGUCAGAUGAGGAUGGGCAGUAUCAGAUUCCACCUCAGCCCCGACGUGCUGCUCCUAUUACACCACCUCCACCUGAAAAACUGAAAAAUGCCCAGAGGUCACAGGCUACUAAAAAUGGUGUGGAUAAAACAUCAAGGUCCAUACUAAACAUGUCCACUGCUAGCAUGUCGUCUCUGGACACUUUGUGCACUACUUCCACAGACUCCUAUCAUCUCACUGCAGCUUCAAGUCCCAGUCACACCCCUCCACCUGUCCCCAGCAGAAGUGCACAUACCACAGUGUCCCAUGGUCUGGACACCUGCAGCUCAGUCCCUGGAACACUAAACUCUCACAGCAGACCAACGGCUACAGCACCUCCUGACAAAGAGGGUUCUGCUGAAAAUGACAGGAACCUACAAACCAAGAGAACUGCCCCAGCCCCUCCCUGCAUGGAAGCCUUUAACACAGUCAAGCAGGAGAGCAAAACGAAAUCACCGUCAAAGUCCUUGGCACCAGAAACUGAAAACUCUGCUGCAACUGUUCCAAAAACCAUUGGUGCUGAGUUAAUUGAACUGGUUAGAAAGAACACAAACCUCAGCUAUGAACUGUCUCGUGUGGCCAUCGGUGUCGUUGUUGGGCACAUUCAGACAAUGGUCCCGUCUACAAGUUCUGUGAUGGAGCAGAUUCUCAUCUCUCUAGUGGAAAGCAAGGACUCCAACACCGGAUUACCUUCUGGACAAAUCUGUCACGACGAGCAGCGUCUGGAGGUCAUCUUUGCAGACUUGACCAGGCACAAAGAUGAUGCUCAGCAGCGUAGCUGGGCCCUCUACGAAGAUGAGAAUGUCAUCCUGUGCUACCUGGAGGAACUCCUCUUAAUCCUGACAGAUGCAGAUCCCGAGGUGUGCAAGAAGAUGUGCAAGAGGAACCAUUUUGAGGCCAUUCUGUCCCUGGUGACUUAUUAUCAAAUGGAGCAUCGAGUGCCGCUGCGUUUGUUACUUCUCAAGUGUUUUGGAGCCAUGUGCAAUCUGGAUGCCUCCAUUAUUUCUUCUCUUGUCAACUCUGUCCUUCCUAUGGAGCUGGCCAGAGACAUGCAGACACACACCCAAGAACACCAGAAACUCUGCUACUCUGCAUUAGUCCUGUCUAUGAUUUUCUCCAUGGGAGAGCCACUUCCCUACCAUCAUUACGAGCAUCUCAACUCCCAGUUUGUCCAGUUCCUUCUUGACGUGAUUGAGGAUGGUCUGCCUUCCGACACUACCGAGCAGCUGCCUGACCUGUUCAUUAAUGUGCUUCUGGCUUUUAACUUGCACAUAGCAGUUCCAACCAACAAUGUGAUUAUGAAAACUCUUUGUAAACGUCCCAAUGUCAAGAUCUUUACAGAGAAGCUGCUUCUGCUUCUUAACAGAGGAGACGAUCCUGUUAGUAUCUUCAAGCAUCAGCCGCAGCCCCCGCACUCUGUACUGAAGAUUCUGCAGGAUUUGUUUGCCAGUUCAGACACUGCUAAUAUCUUGUACCACACAGACAUGAUGGUAAUGAUCGAUAUUGUUGUGCGUCAGAUAGCAGAUCUUUCUCCAGGAGAUAAGCUCCGGAUGGAGUACCUCUCCUUAAUGCAUGUCAUCAUUCGUUCCACCGAUUACAUGCAGCACCUGCACCGCCGACAAGACCUGCACAGCGUAAUGCAGCGUAUCCUAAAUGAGGAAGAAGGUGGCCCUCACUGUCAGAUGGACAAGAUGAUUAUCCAGGAAAUUUACAAAGAGUUUCCUCAGAUCUCCCCUGAAAAUGCUUUAUUGACCAGUUUGCAUGAGUCUGAAGAAGGAUGAUAUUUUUUUAAGCAAAGCCGCAGCAGAAUAUUUUACCACAAACGUUCUAUUGCUAUUUUAAACUUGCAUGUUUCAGGUAGAAAAAUGGCGUCAAUGGAAAACCCAUGCUGAUCCAGGCACUUGUCAGCAGCAGGUUGUAUCCAUUGUCAUAUGUCUCCUGUGUGCUAUGUUCUGUCCUAUGAUCAUUAUGGUGUGUAUCUUUCUUUAUAGUCCCCUGUUGUAUAAUGUUAUAUCUUUCCAAUUUGAAGCUUUUUUUUUAAAUAUUAUAUUAGUUUUCGUACAAGCAGUUUCCUAAGGUAUUGUGAUUAUUGCAGUAGUUGCUUAGGUAAACAAGUGGUUCUAUAAUAACCUGCAGGUCUGGUUCUCUGCUGCAGCUCUCCACAUGCCAAUUAACAGAAUCAUUCACAGAAUCCAGUCUGCUGUAUUAGGUGUAUGUAGGUGCCUGUAUUCUGCUGCAAGAUAUCAAGAAAAAUUCAGGUAAAAGUUGGGUAUUUCCAUGAUGAGUUGGAUCGAAGUUAAAAGCCAGGUAUUCUCAUUAUUUGGAGCACCCAUUGUACAGGAGAAGCAGGGCUAAAGUUGUAAUUUGUUGUGAAUCUGGCGAUGCGACAUACUCUGUUCUGCUACAUAUGUUGGUGUAUAAUUAUGUUUCACUAGGUUUCCUGAAUACUGUAGGUUUCACCUACUGUACCCUAUCCUAAAAUGCCCGGAAGGUGGAUGAAAUACAGCUUAUAUGGCCCUUUUAGCCUCGCUGCAACAUCAAAAGAGGACACUUUAGUUCUGCCUUGAGAUUCAGAUUAUUCCUUGUAUUUCAGGGGCAUUAUCUUGCUUCUAUUGUCACCUUCCUGGCACUGUGGGAGCAGUAAACUGUGAUAACUAGUGAUUUCUCCGUUAUUGAAGUUCCGUCGCAUGUUCCGUCACGAUUUUCUGCAAAAACCUGCCGUUACAAAACCCCUGACGGCCGAGACUAAAUCGCAUUGCAGAAUAUGGGAUUUUGUAACUGCCCGUUUGCACCUGUAUAUGCCCGUAAUUAAUUACAGACGUU